AGGCGCGUCUUCUCAGCGAGCCGCGUGCGCUCGCUUCACUUCCAAGCCGGCUCGAGCCUGCGCGCACACCUGCCUCGCGCCGCCGCCGCUGGGCCCAGCGGGCACGGUCCUUAGACAAAUGAAGUACAUUCUAGUCACAGGUGGUGUCAUCUCAGGGAUUGGGAAAGGGAUCAUUGCAAGCAGCAUUGGGACGAUCCUGAAAUCAUGUGGGUUACACGUCACUUCCAUUAAAAUUGACCCAUAUAUUAAUAUUGAUGCAGGGACCUUCUCUCCUUAUGAGCAUGGAGAGGUGUUUGUGCUGGAUGAUGGAGGGGAGGUAGACCUGGAUUUGGGCAAUUAUGAACGCUUCCUUGAUAUCCGUCUCACCAAGGACAAUAAUCUGACCACUGGGAAAAUCUAUCAAUACGUCAUCAACAAGGAGAGGAAGGGAGAUUACCUGGGCAAAACUGUCCAAGUUGUCCCCCACAUCACAGAUGCUAUCCAGGAGUGGGUAAUGAGGCAGGCACGAAUUCCUGUGGAUGAAGAUGGCAUUGAACCCCAAGUGUGUGUGAUUGAGCUUGGUGGAACAGUGGGAGAUAUAGAAAGCAUGCCCUUCAUCGAGGCUUUCCGCCAGUUCCAGUUCAAAGCUAAAAGAGAGAACUUCUGUAAUAUUCAUGUCAGUCUAGUUCCCCAGCCAAGUUCUACAGGGGAGCAGAAAACAAAACCUACCCAGAAUAGUGUUCGUGAACUCAGAGGACUUGGUCUCUCACCAGACUUGAUUGUGUGCAGAUGCUCCACUCCGCUGGACACCUCCGUAAAGGAGAAGAUCUCUAUGUUCUGUCAUGUAGAACCAGAACAGGUCAUUUGUGUUCAUGAUGUCUCUUCCAUCUACCGGGUUCCUCUAUUACUAGAGGAGCAGGGAGUUGUUGAUUACUUCCGCCACAGGCUUGACCUUCCCAUCGAGAAGCAGCCCAGGAGGAUGCUCAUGAAGUGGAAGGAGAUGGCUGACAGAUAUGAUCGUUUGCUAGAGACGUGCUCCAUUGCACUUGUUGGCAAAUACACCAAGUUCUCAGAUUCCUAUGCUUCUGUCAUCAAAGCUUUGGAACACUCUGCACUGGCCAUCAACCACAAACUUGAGAUAAAGUAUAUUGAUUCUGCAGACUUGGAACCAGCUACUCUACAAGAAGAACCAGUCCGAUACCACGAGGCCUGGCAGAAACUCUGUAGUGCUGAUGGAGUCCUGGUUCCAGGUGGGUUUGGCGUUCGAGGAACAGAAGGGAAAAUUCAAGCUAUUUCCUGGGCAAGAAAACAGAAGAAGCCCUUGUUAGGAGUUUGCUUGGGGAUGCAGCUUGCAGUUGUGGAGUUUGCGCGCAGUGUUCUCGGCUGGGAAGAUGCCAAUUCUACAGAAUUUGACCCCAAAACUACUCAUCCAGUGGUCAUAGACAUGCCAGAACAUAAUCCUGGGCAAAUGGGUGGGACCAUGAGGCUUGGCAAAAGAAGAACCCUCUUCCAAACCAAGAACUCGAUCAUGAGAAAACUGUAUGGAGAUCAUGACUUCUUGGAAGAGAGACACAGACACAGAUUUGAGGUGAAUCCAGAACUGAAAUGCUUCUUUGAAGAGCAGGGCCUGAAAUUCGUAGGCCAGGAUGUGGAAGGAGAGCGAAUGGAAGUGGUCGAGUUGGAAGAGCAUCCAUUUUUUGUUGGUGUUCAGUAUCACCCAGAGUUCCUAUCCAGACCCAUAAAGCCGUCACCCCCGUACUUUGGCCUCCUGCUGGCCUCUGCAGGGAGGCUCACACAUUAUCUACAGAAGGGCUGCAGGCUCUCACCUAGGGACACCUACAGCGAUAGAAGUGGCAGCAGCUCGCCUGACUCAGAGAUCACAGAACUGAGGUUCCCAUCAGUAAAUCAUGACUAAUUCCUGGUGGAUUUUCACUAGAAGAGGAGCAGAGUCUUGUUAGACUUUCUAGACUUCUUACAGCAAUAGCCUGAACGCUGUCAGCUAUGGGCUUUCUUAAGUUAUGUUUUUAUAAUUUUAUGACAAAACCUUGUCACUUUUUAUUUUCUGAAUUUUCACUGUCUUUUGUUGAGUGUUCCCCUCUGUCGAUCCUUGUAACUCCCCGAGGAGCAUUCGCCACGGCGCAUGCCGCUCUGGGCCUUCUCUGCAGCUAUGACCAUCUCUGAGAAUCAGAGCAGAAACUCAGGAAGGCUAGAUGCUGGAACAGGCUCUAGUUUCACUGGAGAAUCCAGUCGCACAUGCUGCUUAAUGCAUGGUAAUACUAGCGUGAGUUUGUGUCUCAGAUGCUUGGUAUUUGGGCUGUUUUCUCCAAGCACCACAUUGUCAUAGAGUUGAACUUUUUGCAGAAGGUCAAAUUUUUGGGGCUUUCUUUGCUCAGCUCAAGAGCUGAGCUAGGAAAGGUGGGAUGUCAGUUUAUUGUGCUUUAUGCAGCCUAUCUUUUUAAAACUACUAUUUAAAACUCUUUGGCACUGGUGGUUUUUGUGCUUUCAGUGCUAGCAGUGAAUUUAUGACCAGGAAAAACUGGUUCCUGGAACAGAAGAGUUAAUCUGUUCAUGAACGUGAUCAACUCUGAUCCUAACUGUGACAUGUCACUCUGCAGGGAUGUAAUUAACUUGAGAUCAUGUAAAAAUGCCACAAUGUCAGGAAGCCCCAUCUUUACCUGAAUGAGGCAUAACUUUCAGCCCUUUAAUGCCAGCAUUUUCUGGUGCUGCUUCUUGGGCUGGGAAAUCUUAACUCCUUGCAUCAAGGGGAUGGUAUAGAAAAGAACAAGAUGAACUGUUUUCAGGUGCUGCCUUUAAAAGCUCUCAUUGCUAUUCACCUUGGAUUGAAAAGUUCAGGGUGCUAUAUUUUUAUUAACACUUUAAAGGGAAACUUUCCCUUGCCUCUUUGUCAUGUCCAUCUUCCUGAAGGCACUAAAAAGUGCCAUUGUCCUAAAAGUUGGGCUUAGCAACUUGCCUACAGUAUUAUUUGGCUUAGUCCUUAAAUGUGUACUGCCCACUAGUGAUAUUCUCAAAAUUGCCAGAGAUGAGGAUGGGGUGGGUGAUAUGGGGUGAUUCCUUUCUGUUCUGCCUUUUUGCCACACUGUGAGAAACAAAGUUUGGUCUUCAGCAAGUUAGAAGAAAGGAAGCUAGUUUCUUUAUUGUAUUGUGUCAUAUGUCCUAAAUCCUCUUCAGUUCAUUAAAGUUUGGGCAAAGCUGUGCCUGUGUCUUGCCUGAUUGAGUAUUAACCCUUACAUUGUCUGACUCUCAAACUUAUUCAAAACUCUAUUCUAACAGUGUGAAAACUCUUCUUAAUACUGGGUCCUCAUGACACUCGCAGGCCUCCAGGCUUUGUUCCUAAAUAAACAUUUUAAGAAAU